AUGCCUGCCCGCCCCUACAGACCCGUUCACCGGCCUGAUGAGACCCCAACACGUGUUGGCCCGAAUGGUUUUCGUCGCCCAUCUCCUUACGAUGGUAUGGGCAACGACCCUGAUGAUAGAUAUCGACCCGAUCACUGCCCCCACUGUCUCAUAUAUCUGAGCGGAUCUAAGGAUAGAGGCUAUUUGUGUGCCAAUUGCGAGCCCCUCAUCGACUCGCGGAUUUGGCUUGUUCUGAAAAGGGCAGCCGUUGGUGUAUGCUCUGGUAGAUGCGGCGGAUAUCUUUCCCCGGAGGAGCGCUCUGCUCAAAGGUAUAUGUGCGACCGGUGCCUUCCUGGAUGGAGAGCCCACGUCCAAGACAUGGCGGACUCGGGUAUCGUCUCGGCGGUUCGGCGUCGCGAGUUUCGAACUCUUCGCCACUCCUAUGAGGCGGAUAUGCGUGAGCAGGCCACUGUGGGUGGCCGGUGCAUCAAUCUCCGCUGCGCAAGACCGAUGCAGGCGCAGGAUUGCUUUGAUCCUUGGGUUCCUAGAGGAUACCGCUUUGCAUACUGCUCGACCUGUCGUCUGGAGCUGACAGUUGAUGGCUACCCAGACCCAGCCAGAAUGGCGAUAACGGAGCAUGCUGUUCAUAACACAGCCGCCCCUCAGGGCGCACCCAGGGCUGACCAGAACCAGACCGCAGGACACUCCGCAGCUGGCAACACUACCGGGGGAUUCAAUAUCCAUCGCGACCGUGCUGCUCGGGCGUCUGAAGGUAUGAACCUGCCUCCAUUCCUCACUGGCGACGACGUUCUGGCUGCCGAAAGACUUCUCCAGAUGAGGUCGGGGCAAUUACCCAAUCAGCAGUUCCCCAAUCAGCAGUACACCGAUGAAAACAGACAGCCCUCCGGAGGCUCGAUUGGAGCAUCAACUCUCGUCAUGGGUGAUUCUCCCAACACACGCGCUCCGCUUGGAGACCGAAGCGAGAACAUUUAGUCUCUGGAAGAUCCAGAGGACGUUGCCGCUCGAGCUGUCUUUCGGGAGCGGGCUCAGUAGUGACAAGUGCUGAUGCUUACCUGUCUGUUUUGUGCUACGGCUACCUGAGUCAUAUGAGUAUCAACCCAGGAAUUUCCCGUCUUAUUACUGACUCUAGAAUGGAAAUAUUAUUAGCCCGGUCGCUUUGGCCGAUAUCAAGCUCGGUGGGUUGAUCUUUGAGAUAGAUUUGGAUAAGAG